AUGACAAUCACACCAAAUAAUCCACCAAAAUCUCCCUUGAGAUCCAUAGACCAAGAAAGCUUUGGAUAUACAACUGCAACAUAUAGGUGGCCAAUAAUUAUCACAAAAACGAUAGAUGAUAUUUAUAAAACAAGAUAUGAGCUUGAUCCCAUAAAAGAUGAAGAAAAAAGUAACGAGGCAAAAGAAAUUAUGAAUUCAUUGGGUACUAUGAAAUAUGAAAUGCAAAGAAAAAGAGUCUUGACUCCUAUUGAAGAUGACGGCGAAUCAGAUGUAAAAAGUUGGAAUGAUACUUUGAAUACAUAUUUUCAUGGAGAGAAUUGGUAUUCAGCAACUUGGUUAUUUGUAGAGUGUUAUUUAUAUCGAAGAAUGCAUUCAGCUUUUGCUAAAUCAAAACAUUGGAAAAAUUAUGAUCCAUUUUUUCGUCAGAAAGAAGACACAUUUAAAGCAUCAUUUAAAUCAGUAGCUAGACUGGCAAAACGUUUUGAAGAAUUAUUAAGCAAACGAGUUAUUAUCGAUGUGAAUAAUAAAAAUCCUAAAGAUGAUGAUAAUCAAAUUCUAUUUUAUGAAUUAGUUCAAUUAAGCUUAUGGGGUAACGCCACUGAUCUGUCACUACUUACAAAUCUUACUCACGAUGAUAUUUCAAAUUUACAAAAUUCUGACUCAAAAAAUCUUGAAAAAUAUAUUUUGGAUAACAAUUUGAAAGAGGCUUGGAAUAAAAUUUCAAAUCAUCAAAAUAUGAGAAUUGAUUUUAUUUUAGAUAAUGCAGGGUUUGAAUUAUAUGGAGACUUGAUAUUUGCUGAUUGGUUGAUUCAAUCAGGCCAUGCCUCUGAAAUUCAUCUUCAUGUAAAAAAAAUUCCAUGGUUUGUGUCAGACACAACUGAAUUCGAUUUCAAAUGGUUAUUAAAUGUACUUAAAGAUAGCCAUUUCUUCUCAUCGCAUUCAACAAGUGUUGAAGAAAAUAAUCAUAAUUAUCUUCAAUCUUUAACAGAGUUGUCAAAUAGAUGGGAAGAUUAUUUGAAAAAACAAAUCUGGGUAAUUAAAUCUGAUUGGUUUUGGACAUCACCGUAUUCUUAUUGGCAUAUUAAAGAAAUUGCUCCUGAUUUAUUUAAUGAUUUGAAAAAUUCAUCUUUAAUUAUCUUCAAAGGAGAUUUAAACUAUAGAAAAUUGGUAUAUGAUUGUAAAUGGCCAACUACAACAUCAUUCAAAGAAGCUAUUGGUCCUUUAGCUAAUGAAAUCGGUGUGCCACCAAUUCUAGCAUUACGGACUUCUAAAGCUGAUGUUAUUGUUGGUUUACCUGAUGGAUUGGAAGAACAUUUAAAUAAUACUGAGAAAGAUUGGAUGUAUUCUG